AUGGCUCGGAGCCGGCAGUCGAUGGGAGUAGGGUUCUUCGACGACGAGGAUGGGGAUGUGUCGUUCGGGGAUGGGACGUCAUCGGUGGGGGAAAUGUUCGGGAAUGGCGGCUGCGGGAAGACAGUGGCGUCGGGAUCGUCGGAUGGGGACGGACGCAUGGUCGAUGACGGCAAUAUCCAGGAGGCCGAGUCCUCCCUCCGUGAGGGCCUCUCCCUUAAUUAUGAGGUCCUGCCCAGUCUGUCUUCUCUCCCUUUCUCUAUUACUUCUUUCAGUCCUCGCACACAUUUUGGUUUUCUCUUUGGCAUCGAUUCCUGAAGAAGAGUUAGUAAUUCUGCGUAUUGAAGGGAUUUUGUAGUUCUACUUGUGGUACUUUUUCUCCACGAAUGCAUGGUGAAUGAUCGUGUGGGAUGCCUUUCAAAUCUGUGUACGAAGUCUGCAUUUUCGCACAAUAGAUCGUUCUAAUCUGGCUUGUUUUCGAAACAGUAUCACUGUUCUGCACAAGAGGUUUACGUCAAAAUAGGAUGCCCUCAUUCUCUGGUAUUCUCCCGGGGACCAGUUUGGAUGGGCUACGCAGAAUCUGCCUAGCCUCCAUCUUCAUGUUAAUGGCUUAUUUUGUGCACAAUCUGAGAUCAGCUGUAGUUAACUCUUAGCUAUUUUUAGGCUUUCAGUUGUCUUGGGAGACGAGAAAAGAGGAUUUAUCUGGUUUUCUGUUCACUGUUUCUCCUCUAGCAGGUCUGUAUGAAAUUCAUAACAUUUUGUUAGAAAGUAGAAACAUGAUGAUCUUCUCUUCUGGUUGCAUGGAAUUAAGUACGUUUGCAUCUUUUGAGAAUGUGGAGACACUAAUUUUGUGAUCUCCUUUGCCUAUCAUUCUCAGGAAAUAAAGCUGCAAUCUAAUUAUGAGAGAUGUGCGUGCAUUCUUUCUCUUACAUCACUCUAGUUUGAUGGAAGAAGCGUACAAAGUUUACAAGAUAUCACCAGUUGAGGCUUUUAGUUCUUGAAAAUUCUUUCCGUCUCAGCCAGAUUACUUGGUUGAAGUUCAGCUUUGCUCCAAGAUUUGUCACUUUUGAGACAUUUGGGGGAUGUCUGAAGAUUGAGACUGCAGUAACUAGAGGCAAAGUCUUCUUUUGUGGGCUUCUUAGCUUAAAUGCAGUGCGUAGAUUUUGGCUGCUGAAAAUUUGGAAUCGUUAUAUUGGGACAUAAGCAGAUCCAAUUGAAUAAUUUUUGGGUUAAAGUAGAUUCAUAGUAGGUUAUAUGUAAAUUUAUAGUAUCUUAUUGACUUGAUUGUUGGGGAAAGUUUUUAAGGGUAGCUUAUCUCAUAGCUCGUAUCAGGGUUUUAGUAACUAGCAGAAAAUUCUUUUCGAGUUCUAAUUGAAUAUUUUUAUUAGAUGAGAGGGGAUAGUUCGUAAAUACUACCCUCCCUUUGGAGGUACUCCUUUCAAAGUGCUAUAAAUACUCGAGAUAUUUGAGAUAUGACUGCAAGAUAUCUCUUCCUCCCUCUCUGUGUGUGCCGAAACCCACCUCUCUUCCCAACCUCCUCCCCGGGUUGCCCUCCCAACUGGCAACACCGGCACCACCGUGAUCACACUUUCAGGUUUAAUGCUUUGUAAGGAGAACCUUUCUGAGCCGCUGACUUAAGACGUCAGCAAUACCAUAUUUAUUGUCACCGUUUUGUUCCCUUUCCUAGUUUUCUUUUAAUAUCACAAAUGAAUAGACCUACGUACAUCUAAAUGUACCGGGAAGCAACAUUAAAUUAAAAAAAUAUAUUGAAAGGUUUUAUACAUCUCAAAUAGUAUAUGCGUUUCUCCAAAACCAUCUAUGUUUAACUUGAUCAUGAACUGUCAAGGUAAAAUUAUUUAAAUGAUAUUGUGAUUUCAUGAUAGUUAAUUUCGUUAUCAAAUAAGCUUUUUCUCUCUUAGAUGACUUGGUUAAAUUACAUUUUCCCUGGCAUUCAUAUUGCUAAAUGGGAUUGAUGAACAACUCUUGCCAGUUGGUUUUCUACUUUACACUUUUAUGUUCUAACUAGCUGUUAUCACUUAUAAAUACUUCAAUUUAUUGCAGGAGGCAAGAGCUCUACUAGGGAGGCUAGAGUAUCAGAGGGGCAAUGUGGAAGCUGCUCUUCGAGUCUUUGAUGGGAUAGACCUUCAAGCUGCUGUACAACGCUUGCAAUCUACCUUUUCUGAAAAGCAACAAUCUAGAAGAAGUCGAUCCCGCAGUGAUUCUCAGCAUUUAGUCUCACAGCAUGCUGCAAGCCUCGUUCUUGAAGCCAUUUAUCUGAAGUCCUUAUCUCUUCAAAAACUUGGAAAAGUCACUGGUAAGAGCUAUUUGAAGCUGGAUGUCCUUUUAAUUAAGUUAGUCUAUAAGAUUUAGUUACUGACGUCUAGGGUGCCCUUUUUUUGCAGAGGCUGCUCAAGAAUGUAAGAGCGUUCUUGAUGCUGUUGAGAAGAUAUUCCAGCAUGGGAUUCCUGAUGUGUUGGUGGACAAUAAGCUGCAAGAAACAGUUAGUAGGGCUGUAGAGCUCCUUCCAGAACUUUGGAAGCAGGCCGGACACUAUCAAGAAGCUAUGUCUUCUUAUAGACGCGCUCUGCUCAGUCAGUGGAAUCUAAACAAUGAGUGCUGUGCAAGGAUACAGAAAAGGUUUGCCGUGUUUUUGUUGUAUGGUGGUGUAGAAGCUGGUCCGCCAAGUUUGGCUGCUCAGAUAGAUGGUUGCUUUGUGCCAAAGAAUAAUCUUGAAGAGGCAAUUCUGCUUCUGUUGAUAUUGUUAAGGAAAUGGUACCUUGGUAAGAUGGAAUGGGAUCCGUCGGUUAUGGAGCAUUUCACCUUUGCAUUGUCUAUAUGUGGUCAGACUUCGAUAUUAGCGAGGCACUUUGAAGAAGUCUUGCCUGGCAUAUAUUCACGUACUGAAAGGUGGAAUAAUUUGGCUCUCUGCUACAGUGGUUGUGGACAGAACAAAACUGCCUUGAAUUUGCUGAGAAAGUCUUUAAACAGACAUGAGAGUCCUGAUGAUCUUCUGGCAUUGCUGUUAGCUGCCAAAAUCUGUAGCAAAGACAGUCUUCUGGCAGCCGAGGGCGUUGAAUAUGCACGGAGGGCUGUUGCGACUUCUCAAGACGCGGAUGGAUAUCUCAAGGGUGUCGGUCUUCACUACUUGGGACUUUGCCUGGGCAAGCAAGCUAAGCAUUCCUCUUCAGAUCAGGAAAGGUCCCGCUUGCAGGCAGAGGCGUUGAAAUCGCUUGAUGAGGCAAAUGGGCUGGAAAAUCGUGACCCUGAGUUGCUUUUUGUCAUGGCUCUUGAAUAUGCUGACAUCCGGAAUAUGAAUGCUGCACUUCGAUGUGCUAAAGAUUAUAUUGAUGCGACUGGUGGAUCCGUACUGAAAGGGUGGAGAUUGAUUGCUCUUAUUUUGUCUGCUCAACAGAGAUACUCUGAGGCUGAAGUUGUUACUGAUGCUGCACUGGAUGAGACCGCAAAGUGGGAACAAGGACCAUUGUUAAGAAUCAAAGCUAAAUUAAAAGUUGCUCAGUCUUUACCCAUGGAAGCCGUGGAGACAUACCGAUUCCUUCUGGCUCUUGUUCAGGCUCAGAGGAAGACUUUUGGUUCCUUCAGGAACAGUUUCCAGGUAGCUUCACUUUAGCUGCUCCCUAAGCGUAUGAACCUAAUCACGUAUAACAAGGAAGAACGAGUCUUAAAUACUGCGAGAGAUGUUUUAUUGCUAUGGGCUUUCGUUGAAUUUCAUUAUUUUCCAUCUGAUCUUCUCUGCUGAUGCAAUACCCUCACAAAUGUACUCAAUUGGUGAUGAAAAUGUUAUCUUUAUUCAACUGUUUCUUGCUGUGAACUAUGCUUCGCCGUAUAUAUCAACCCAGAACUUGUGAAGUCGCUUCAAAUAUCUGGAAGCUACAGUUCAGUCUGUAUGCCUCAGAUUGAACUGUAGCUUUAAGAAGGCAGGCUGGCACUGUAGUCUACUGUUUGCAGAAUGCUGUUUAUACAUCCAUAAUCUUUGGAUAUUGCUGGAUCAUCUUUACUAGGAUGAACUUUGUUAUUCAUUAUAGCAUCCUUACCUUGAUUCCAUGAUCCCAGAUCUUUCCACCUUAGUGGAAAUUUUCAAAAUAAUCCUUGGAAAUUUUAAGAAACAGUUGACUUUUUGUUGAAGGCAUGCAUGUUAGGGUAGAUGGUAAUGGGAUUUUAAGUUGGAGAAAUAUCCACCCACGUCCUCAGCAUGGUUUGCCGACACACCUACCCCUUCAAAUAGAGCUGCUGUACGGAGCCCUCUCUUUAGCGGCCUAGCAAACUACUCUGUUCUGGAAUGAUAAAUAAUAAUAAUAAUAUAUAUAUUUGAUGAGGUUAUUAAUUAAUCUUGGGCUGAUCAGAAUAGAGAGAAAGUGAAGGAUAGAUUUAGUUGAAACUUCGUUUCACAGUCCGAUGAAAUUACUCACAUACAAAAUACUAACCUCUUUCACAAGGGCCCAUACUGCGUGAGUUGCUUUACGCCCUUCUUAUAAUAUACGUCACCUGCAUCAUCUUGAUACUAGUGAGGCCAAGAAAUAUAGUCCUGAUUUUUUAUUUAUUUUGAAAUUAUUUUCAAAAAAUCAGUGACUAAAUUGGUCAACUUUUAAAAUCCUGAUUUUUCUCCUCUCUCUCUCUCGCUCUUAUUUUUUAUUUUAUUUUUAUUUUUUUAGUUUGAGGAUGACAAGGUCAGCGAGUUUGAAGCUUGGUUGGGCCUGGCAGACUUGUACUCCAGCCUGUCGUAUUGGAAGGAUGCUGAGAUAUGCCUGGAAAAGGCAAGGGCACUGCAACCUUAUUCUGCUGCUGCACUGCAUGCUGAAGGUAUCUUUCUUGUCAAUCCCAUGGGAAUUCGAACAUUUAUAUUAUUUUGAUGGAAUCUAUUUGUCCUAGUAGAAGAACAGCAAUCAGAUAUCUGCUCAAUAUCCAGUUAUCUGAUCCGAAUUUAGAUCACAUCAUAAUAUAGAAAGAAAGCUUUCUCUGCAUCUUAUUAUCAUCAAAGCUAUUCUAAAUUUCUGGUCUAGUCUUUCAAGGCACCUUAUCUAUACUGCCUGCACUAAGACAAGACCGUAGAAACAUGCCAAGAGUGGAAACAGUAGAGAUAGAGAGAGAAAGAAAGCCACCCUACCCCCUUCUCCCAUCCUCUUACGUAUCUUCCUUGCUUGAUCACCAAUUACAUUGAAACCAGAAAAAGAUUAGCCACCUUAGAAAAAAACGACAGAGGGUAGGCAGCAGAGAGAAAGAAAGAAAGGAGAGAAUCACCCUCUCUCUCUCUCUCUCUCUCUUUCACACACACACAAGCUAAUAACUCUUUAUGUUUUGUGCUGGGGGGGGUGGGGGGGUUAUGGGCAGGUUCGGUGCUGGAGGCCCGGGGGCGGGCGUUGGAGGCGCUGGGGGCGUACGCGAACGGGGUGUCGGCGGAGGCGGAGCACGUGGGGUGCAAAGUGUCGGCGGGGGCGCUGCUGAGGAAGGCGGCGGGGUCGGAGUGGGAGUCCCUGGCGGUGGCCCGGAGCUUCCUGUGCGACGCGCUGCGGCUGCACCCUGCCAGCGGCGCCGCCUGGUUUAACCUCGGCCUCCUCCACAAGCAGGACGGCCGCCCUGCCGACGCUGCCGACUGCUUCCAGGCUGCCUCCGCCCUCGACGACUCUCACCCCCUCGAGCCCUUCAACAAUCUACUCCCCUCCUCCUGA